AUGCACACGCUAUUGUACAUUUCUUUGCUGCUUCCUGCAGCCGUCCUUAUAAACGGAUAUGGCAUGUUCUUUAAGGUGGAAUCUACAAAAGGAUAUGGAUACAGCAAACCUAACAUAAUUUUGGGACCAUUCUAUAUACCGGACAAGCAAUGUUCUGGCGUAGUAUAUAAUCUGACGCAGGCGUGCGAAUACCUGGACGUAGUGAAGGUGACGGUUGUGGACGCGCAGGCUUACCCCGAAGUGACGAUUGAUUCUCUGCUGGAGCGAGCGACGGUGAAGAGACGUGCUGGACCACGCGGCUGCGUCGGCCGGGUGACGGUGCAGGUGACCGUCGGCUGCGGGGACUCCACGCGCCGCAGUGCGCGCUCUCUCCCGGACUCGCUGCAGGCCGGCUCACCGCUGCUGCCACUAACGCCACUUGAGCCUCUUGUGCCAACCACCGCUACCGAUAAAUCCACUAUUAUCUAA